AAUAAUAAUAAUAAUGGUUCAUUAACUACAUCACCUAUGAUACGUAGUAUAAUAAGUGCCAAUGAUGAGACCGAUGAAGGAGCAGGACAGCAGGAUGAUAUAAUUAGUGAAGCAGAGGAAGAUGUGGCAAUGGAAGACGACCAAGAGGAACAAGGCGAUGGAGAGGACGCCCCGCUGCCAUUCAACGAUGACGAUGACGACCAGGCACAGACUGAGAAGGACGACGAGACCGAGGAAGAGCGUCUGGCGCGCCUCGAAGCCACUCGUCUGGAAAAGGAACGACUAAAGAAGAUGAAGGACGAGCAGCGCAAGCAACUGGCCGAGCUCGAGAAGAAACAACGUGAGCAGCUGAUGGCCGACUCGGACCGCUCGCAGAAGGACCGUCUCAAAUUCCUGCUGGAGCGUACCGAGAUCUUUAGUCACUUUGUAUCCAACAGCUCGGCGCAACACAACCAUCCGCCCACAAAGAAGAAGAAGAAGGGUGGCGAUGUAGCCGCCACACCCACCAAGCGUGGCACUGCCCUCACCGAGAAAGAGGAAGACGAUGAGAUCAUGAAGGAGGCCAUCGACGAAGAGGCUCCUCAUUCCUUCAACUUCUUCACAUCCAAUCCACCAUACAUCAAGGCUGGUACAAUGAGAGACUAUCAAAUAUAUGGACUUAACUGGCUUAUUCAGUUGUAUGAGCGUGGAAUCAAUGGUAUCCUGGCUGAUGAGAUGGGUCUUGGAAAGACACUACAGACCAUAUCACUACUUGGCUAUCUAUCCGAGUACAAGGGUAUCCGUGGCCCUCAUCUUAUCAUCGCACCAAAGUCCACAAUGUCUGGCUGGACCAAGGAGUUCAAACGUUGGUGUCCCUUCUUGCGAGUCGUCAAGUUCCACGGCAACAAAGAAGAGAGAGCUGCGAUCAAGAAUGAACAAUUGGUGUACAAGAAGUUCGAUGUGUGCAUCACUACAUACGAGAUGGUCAUCAAGGACAAGGCCGUGUUCAAGAAGUUCUCAUGGCGAUAUGUGAUCAUUGAUGAAGCACACAGGAUCAAGAAUGAGAACUCUGUGCUGUCCAAGGGCGUGCGUCUCUUUAACAGCCAGUUCCGUCUUCUCAUCACCGGUACGCCAUUGCAGAACAACCUGCAUGAGCUGUGGGCGCUGCUCAACUUCUUGCUUCCAGACGUAUUCUCAUCGAGCGAUGACUUUGACAGAUGGUUCGACCUGGAGAAGACAGAGAAUCAACAGGACGUCAUUGACAAGCUGCACAAGGUGUUGCGUCCCUUCCUCUUGCGACGUCUCAAGACCGAGGUGGAGAAGUCGCUCCCACCCAAGAAGGAGAUGAAGCUGUUUGUCGGCCUGUCAUCCAUGCAACGCGAGUGGUACAAGCGUCUUCUCAGCAAGGACUACGAGGCGCUGCACGGCAUGGGCGUCAAGGGUGGCUCUGGUCGCGUCAAGCUGCUCAACAUCUGCAUGCAGCUGCGAAAGGCAUGCAACCACCCGUACCUCUUUGAUGGCGCUGAGGAGCCACCCUACACAUCGGGCGAGCAUCUUGUGACCAACAGUGGCAAGAUGAUCCUUCUCGACAAAUUGCUGGCCAAGCUAAAGGCGCGUGGCUCACGUGUACUCAUCUUCUCGCAGAUGGCCAGAAUGCUCGACAUCCUCGAGGACUACAUGUUGUAUCGCGAGUACAACUACUGCAGGAUCGAUGGCUCCACCGACAGCCAGAGCAGAGAGAACUACAUCGAGGCCUACAAUGAGCCAGACUCCAAGCUGUUUGUCUUCCUCCUGACGACAAGAGCCGGAGGUCUGGGCAUCACGCUCAACACGGCCGACAUUGUUGUAUUGUUCGACAGCGAUUGGAACCCACAGGUCGACCUGCAGGCACAGGAUCGUGCACAUCGUAUCGGCCAGACCAAGCCCGUCACAGUGUACCGUUUCGUCACCGAGAACUCGAUGGAGGAGAAGAUGGUGGAGAAGGCCGAGAUGAAGCUGCAGCUGGAUGCAGUCGUCAUUCAACAGGGUCGUCUGGUCGAGCAGAACAAGUCGGCCAGUCCCGAGGAGCUGCUCUCCAUGAUCAGGUUCGGCGCUGACGACAUCUUCAAGUGCAAGGACUCAUCGAUCACUGACGAGGACAUUGACACCAUCCUGCAGAAGGGUGAGGAGAAGACACAACAAAUCACAGAUCGUCUGAAGGACUUGGCCAAGAACCCGCUCAAGCUCAACCUGGACGGCAACCUCUACGAGUUUGACGGCGUCAACUAUAGGCCCCAGCACGACAACUUCUGGGGCGGCACGGUGACCUUUAAGCGUGAGAGGAAGCCCGUCGAGGGCAACGAAGAGUACAUGCGCUCGAUUGGUGUGCUGCCCAGCAAGCCAGCGCCCAAGAAAGAGAGGAAGGAGAAGAAGAUCAAGCCACCUAAGCAGCCAACUAUCCAUGACUUCCAGUUCUACCCCGAGGAGUUGAACGCGCUGUUUGAGAAGGAGACCAACGCCUAUGUCAAGAAGCUGGAGCACUAUGAGAAGAAGGAUGCCACCGCCGAUGAGGAGGAGGUCGAGCCAGACUUUGGCGACCUGACCGAGGAGGAGGUGACCAAAAAGGAUCAGCUGAUGCUCGAGGGCUUUGCAGACUGGAACCGUGUGGACUUUAGAAACUUCAUUCGUGGCUGCGAGCUCUAUGGUCGCAAGGCGUUCGACAACAUCACCGAGACCGUCGAGGGCAAGACUCUCCAGCAGGUACAAGAGUAUGCCGCCGUGUUCUGGAAGCGCUACAAGGAGCUGACAGACUACGAAAAGCUGAUCGUGCGUAUCGAGAAGGGUGAGGAGCGUCUGAUCAAGUACAAGGAGACAGUGGAGGCACUCGAUCGCAAGAUUGCGCAGUACAAGAACCCAUGGAGGGAUCUCAAGAUCCAGUACGGCAUGAAGAAGAACAAGACCUACAACACAGAGGAGGAUGUCUUCCUCGUGUGCAAGACCCAGGAGCUUGGAUAUGGUGCAUGGGACGAGCUCAAGGAGGAGAUCCGCAAGGCGCCACAGUUCAAGUUUGAUUGGAUGAUCCAGACGAGGACCACCCAGGAGCUGAAGGCUCGCUGCGACCAAUUGCUCAAGUACAUCAUCAAGGAGGAGCAGGACGAGUUGGAGAGGAAGUCUGAGCGUGAGAAGAAGAAGUCUGGCAGCAGCAGUAUCGAUUCAAAGGCAUCAUCUCCUUCAACAUCCACAUCAAAGACAGAGUCCAGCAGCACAUCCAAUGACUCUAAGAAGUCAUCAAAGGCAACAAACAGUGGCAGCAAUGGUAGUGGAAGCAGCAGCAGUAGUAAAUCAUCAACAUCGACAAAGAGGAAGAAGGAAGAUGAGUUGGCGGCUAGCAAGAAGUCAUCAUCGUCCACUUCAACCACGACCACAACAACAACAACAACAACUGCUGCUGCAAAGACAAUGGUGAAGAACUCAAAGUACAGCGAUUCAGAGGAUGAGUCGCCUGCCAUCAACACCAAACCAACAACAUCAACAACAUCCACAUCAUCAUCGACCGAAGCCAAGCCACCAAAG